AUGGCGACCCCCUCCACCCCCGGCGAGAGCUCCCUCGCCACCUCCAUCUACUCGGCAAAGUCCCCCGCAGACCAGCCCCAGCACAACUGGCACUUCUCCACCCUCUGCGCAAACGUAGACAGCAAGGACCAGUAUGGCGCAAGUUCGACCCCCAUCUACCAGACUGCCACCUUCAAGGGCAUGGACGGUUCUUACGACUACACUAGAUCUGGCAACCCCACCAGGAGUGCAUUGGAGAACCACCUUGCCAGGCUGUACGGUGCGACCCAAGCGUUCGCCUUGUCAACCGGUAUGACCUGUCUCGACACUAUCCUCCGACUCGUCAAGCCAGGAGAGACUGUCAUCGCGGGUGACGACAUCUAUGGCGGUACAAAUCGUCUUUUGACAUAUCUUGGAACCCACGGCGGAGUCGACGUCCGUCAUGUGGAUACCACCAAGGUCCAGAAGCUCCUGCCUCACCUUGGGGCUGGCAAUAAAGUCAAGAUGGUGCUUUUGGAAUCUCCCACCAACCCGCUGCUCCGAAUUGCCGACCUUCGUGAGAUUGCGGACGCUGUCCACGCUGCAUCUCCCGGGGCUCUCGUAGUAGUGGACAACACCAUGAUGUCCCCCUACCUUCAACGACCUCUCGAGCUGGGUGCCGAUAUCGUCUACGACUCUGGUACAAAGUACCUCUCUGGUCACCACGACCUCAUGGCCGGUAUCGUUGCUGCCUCCCGAACCGACGUCUGCAAGGACAUUGCCUUCUUGAUCAACUCUGUUGGCUCUGGACUUGCUCCCUUUGACUCCUUCCUCCUCCUCCGAGGUGUCAAGACCAUGUCACUCCGAAUGGACAGGCAGAUGGCUACUGCCCAACUGGUUGCGCUCUAUCUCGACUCUUUCGGCUUCGAAGUCAACUAUCCCGGUCUCAAAUCUCACCCCAUGAGAGACGUUCACUACAAGCAAGCGACUGGUGCUGGUGCUGUUCUGAGUUUCAAGACAGGAGACAAGGAGCUGAGUGAGAGAAUUGUGGGCGGAACCCGUAUCUGGGGUAUCAGUGUGUCAUUCGGUGCUGUCAACAGCUUGAUCAGUAUGCCUUGUCUGAUGAGCCACGCCUCUAUCUCUCCGGCCGUCCGGGCCGAACGAGGCCUUCCCGAAAACUUGAUCCGUCUUUGUGUCGGUAUCGAAGACCCUCGAGACCUGAUCACCGAUCUCGAGCACUCUCUCCUCCAGUCCGGCGCCAUCGUCCCCAAUGCGUCCUACAUUCCCGUCACCCACUCCAAGGCAGCUGAGCUGUACGCUAAAGACACCGAGGCAUGGAUUCUCGAGCGUGCCAAGGGGUUCAAGCGUCCGUCGGAUGCCACUGUCGUUGACAAACUUGUGACUGGUGUCAAGCAGAGCCUCGGUCUUGGAGAGCCCUCCAAGGAGUACCAGUCCAUCAAGGACGAUAUCGUCCUCUCUGCCCCGGGCAAAGUGAUCUUGUUUGGCGAGCACGCCGUUGUGCACGGUGUUACCGCCAUCGCCACCAGUGUCGACCUCCGAUGCUUCGCUGUCCUUUCUCCUCGCAGCGACGGCAAGGUGGCUCUGGAUGUGCCCAACAUCGGUGUCGAACUCGAGUGGGAUAUUCACAGCUUGCCUUGGGGUCUGCUGCCGGUCCAUCCCAGGAGCGACAAGCGCGUCGCCGACAAGGAUCUCGACGCUGCUCUCUUGCAGGCUGUGGAAGGCGCGGUCAACCAGCAUGUCGAAGUUGGCAAGACUGGUAUCGGUGCUGCUGUUGCUUUCCUGUACUUAUACAUGGUGAUCUCUGGUGGCGAAAGCAAUGCUAUCGCUGCCACCUUUACCGCUUCUUCCAAUCUCCCCAUCUCUGCGGGUCUGGGCUCAUCAGCUGCCUACUCCACUUGCAUCGCCUCUUCCCUCCUUAUCGCCCGUCAAUACAUUUCCGCUACUGUUCGCUCCCCCGAGGAAACCGACCUCGUUGACAGCUGGGCGUUCCUCGCCGAAAAGGUGCUUCACGGCAACCCCAGUGGCAUCGACAAUGCCGUCGCUGUCAGGGGUGGUGCUGUGGCCUUUACCAGAUCUGUCGGUGGGCGCCAAGGUGGUCUGGACGGUCUUCACCAAUUCUCCUCUGUCCGACUGCUCCUCACCAACACCCUCGUCCCCAGAGACACCAAAUCCCUCGUCGCGGGCGUCACCAACAAACGCCUCGCCGAGCCCCAUGUCGUCGACCCCAUCCUCGACUCUAUCCAGUCCAUCUCUGACGAAGCGCGCGCCCUCCUCGGCGGUGCCCAGCCUGUGCCCAGGCAGGAGCUCGUCAAGCGUUUGGAAGGUCUGAUCAAGGAGAACCAUGGUCACUUGGUGCAGCUCGGUGUGUCGCAUCCUGCAUUGGAGAUGAUUGUGGCGUCGACGGGACAAGAGCCGUUUGGCUUGGCUACCAAGUUGACCGGGGCUGGUGGUGGUGGUUGUGCCUUGACAUUGAUCCCUGACAACUAUCCCGAAGAGACUCUCACACAGCUCAUCCAAACGCUCGAAGGCCACGGAUUCCAACCCCACCUCACCACCCUCGGUGGACCCGGUUUCGGUGUUCUCGUCAGCUCAGAAUCAUCUGAUGCCGUCAAGACACCCGGAUCGGGCGAGGGGAUGGUUGUGCCCAAGAGGGCGGCUUUGAGAGAGACUUCGAAGGAGGGUUUGGCGGCUUGGGCGGAGAACUUGGGCGCUUGGGUUCAUGCUUAG